AUGAAGCGCCGAGAUGAAUAUCGGGAGCAACAAGCCAUCAAAGCCGUCCAAAGGCACCUCCAUGCCCUUCAAGAGGCUCAAGCAUCAUCGCGCAAGCCCCGCCGGCGGCAGAGCAUCGCCGCGGCUGCAAGUCCCGCGCCGCCUGCCGCCUACUUGACUUUUGAUGCUCCCACAUCCGAGCCUAUCCCUGUACCAUUGCAAGCAGCUGCAACCCCCGUCAGAUCGCGCAGAAAGGCCACAGAGGAUCUGGUCCCCGGCUCCCGUGAAGCGAAACGCCGGCGCGAGGAAGCGGUGCAGCUUGGCUGCGAAGCUCUCGUCGCUGCUGUCGCGCAGGUCCAUGGCCAUGACGACGCUCUGGUUGCCGAAACAGCUCAGGCUGCUGCGCAGAAAUACGUGCCAUCUGUCACAGCUGGCACAGUGGCCCAGAUCCGCCUGCAGUGCACAGCAGAACUGCUGCCCAUUCUUCCAGACCAGACACCGCAGCUUCUUGGAACGGUCGCCCAUCACAAAACCAAGGACAUAUUAGCAACCAUGCCUGGUGUGACGCGCUACGCUGUGCAACAGGCGCGCGCGAACAAUCUGCACUAUGGAGUUGGCCAAAUCGCUCAGCGGACGCCAGCCACGCCGCGCAAGUCGCGCCCUCUAGAUGCGAGCGUCCGCGCAUUCACGCUGGAUCACUCAGUUCCCAGUGCUCACAAGACAAAGGUGGACCCUGUCACUGGUGAGGCGAAGCCUAUCGUCUACCUGGAAACAUCGAUGCGGAAGAUGCACGAAGACGCCCAGAAAACGGCCUCCUGUGCUCUUGGAGCGUGUUCCAGCGCGCUCUACACGCAGGAGAGUUUAUAUUCCAGCGGCGUGUUCCUGAAAACGGACUUUGCGGCAACUGCCACCGAGCCUGAUCCAACCAAGCAUUACGACCACCCCUUCCACUGCCUCGCAUUCGGGUUGGACGACUGCCAGCAGCAGCACCACCUCGGCGUGCUCAGCAGUCCCCAGCCGUGCCCAAUCUGCACCCAAGGCCUCACUACCCUUGCCGAUCUGAGCCUGCACAUCGACGCCCAUCUCCCUCAAAACCCCGGCGAAUGCGCCGAUAUGCAGACCAUCCUGGAGCGAGGAUGCCAAACUCUUCAGCAGUGGGUGGCGCACCUUCUCCGCUCGGCUCAUACUCGAUCCCUCAUCAACAAGACGAUCAACAACCUAGGUCCCGGUCAAGCUGUGUUCUUAUGA